UUCUUUUUUGUUUCGCUCACGCUAUGAAGUUAUAAAUUGUUCACUGCAUCAUCUGAGAUUUGAAUUUUACUCCGUUAGCGUUAUAUCUGAUGGUUCCCCCGGCCCCAUCGCUGUGGACUGAUUUUCAUAGGAUCUCGUUGCCUCGCCUCUCUCAAUCAAUUGAUCAACCUUCCUUGCCCAGCUGUGAUUGUGUUUUUCCCCUGGUGCCUUCAAUUUUACAUACGCUUCUUUCUGAUAGUAUCUGAAAGAUCUGACCGAGUGCUGCGCCGUUGCUGAUUCACUUGUCAAAUUUUUUAGUUGCUCGUCUUCUUUAUCAUUAUCUACUCUUAUCACAAAUCUCAGGGAAUGCUGAAAGAUGUGCUUGAAAGUCAAAAUUUCUUUCUCUGAUGUUAACAAGGCAAGAGCUCCUUUUGAGCUGGCCUUGUUCAUCUUUGAAGAGAUUGGGUGUUUAGAUCAUUGUCCGUGUCUAUUCCGUGCUCAAGUGCAUGACGCUGCGAUAAAUCCAAGUGGUAAUUUGAUGUCAAAAUAUUAUGUCUGCGAAGAUGGUUGACCUUUGAAGUUCUUCAUAGGCAGUUUGCUGCUGCUUCUGGUAAAUAAAUUCUUUAUAUAUUCUUCUAGUGCUGGUAGCAUUGAUUAUAUAAAAGUUAUUAGAAAUGGAACCAAAAGGUGUUCUUAUGCAAAGAUAUGAACUGGGGAGAUUAUUAGGCCAAGGAACCUUUGCAAAGGUCUAUUAUGCAAGGAACCUUGUUACGGGCAUGAGUGUAGCCAUUAAGAUAAUUGAUAAAGAGAAGAUUCUGAAAGUUGGGAUGAUUGAUCAAAUUAAGAGGGAAAUUUCAGUGAUGAGACUGGUUAGACAUCCACAUGUGGUUGAGCUUUAUGAGGUGAUGGCCACUAAAACCAAGAUUUACUUUGUCAUGGAGUGCGCAAAAGGUGGUGAACUCUUCCAUAAGGUAGCCAAAGGAAAGCUGAAGGAGGAUGUUGCUAGGAAAUACUUUCAGCAACUGAUCAGUGCUGUUGACUACUGCCAUAGCAGAGGAGUGUGUCAUCGGGAUCUAAAACCAGAAAAUCUACUAUUAGACGAAAAUGGGAAUUUGAAGGUUUCAGAUUUUGGGUUAAGUGCUCUUGCUGAGUCUAAGCACCAAGAUGGCUUACUCCAUACUACAUGUGGUACCCCAGCCUAUGUUGCUCCAGAAGUGAUAAACAGAAAGGGAUAUGAUGGGUUCAAAGCUGAUAUAUGGUCAUGCGGGGUGAUCUUGUAUGUUUUAUUGGCAGGUUAUCUUCCAUUCCAAAAUUCUAAUCUGAUGGAGAUGUAUAGGAAGAUUGGUAAGGGGGAGUAUAAAUUUCCUAGCUGGUUUGCACCAGAUGUCCGCAGGUUGUUGUCCAAAAUCUUGGUUCCUAAUCCAAACAAGCGGAUAUCAAUGGCCAAAAUUAUGGAAAGUUCUUGGUUCAAGAAGGGAUUAGAAAAGAAUGUUGUUACAGAGACCGAAGAGAAAGAACCAGCACCUUUGGAUGCUGAUGGCGUAUUUGGAGCUUGUGAAAAUAACAGUGGUCCUGUUGCAGAAACAAAGCAAGAACUCACCAAACCUCAUAAUAUGAAUGCUUUUGAUAUCAUUUCCUUGUCUGCUGGGUUUGACUUGUCUGGUCUGUUUGAGGACAUCGAUUGCAAGAAAGAGGUGCGGUUUACAUCAAACAAGCCCUCCGCAAUUAUCAUCUCCAAAUUAGAAGAAAUUUGUAAGCGCCUUCGACUGAAAGUGAAGAAGAAAGAUGGAGGUUUGUUCAAGCUGGAGGGCUCCACUGAAGGCAGAAAAGGCGCUCUGGGUAUAGAUGCUGAAAUCUUUGAGAUCACCCCACUCUUCCAUAUGGUGGAACUUAAGAAGUCCAGUGGAGACACAUUGGAGUACCAGAAGCUUGUGAAAGAGGACAUUAGACCAGCACUUAAGGACAUAGUUUGGACCUGGCAAGGAGACCAACCUCAGCAACUACAGCAAGAAGUGGUGCUGAUGGAGCAACAGCCUUCACAUGCUGCCUAGUCGGAGCUUGUGUCACAAUCAACUUCAUGAGUAUUGUAUUUCACAAUUUGCUUGUAGCAUGCUGUCGUUACUUCUUCAUUGUCUUUGUCAAGUGAGUCGUCAUGGAUUAAAAAUUGCUAGCGCUAUCUUCAGCUUUCAUGGAUACAUUAAAGACCUGUUUUAGUAGUUGUUAUUGCUUAUUAUUAUUGUUUCUCAA